UUUUUAAUGGUGACUAACAACAACUAUUUUUUCUUUGCGCUUAAAUUUUUAUUCUUAAAAUGUUCUAAAAUCUAAAGUUAUACAACAUGUGAUCAUCGAACCAAUUUUGACACUGAGAUCGUGCUGGUAGCAGAGACAUGACCAAAUUCUAAACAUGUCUUGUACAUCUACGCCAGAACCAGCAUCAUGUGAUUUUACCAUCGUGGUUGACGGAACCGAGUUUAAAAGCCACCAAGAAUUCCUGAGCUCAACUUCCGCAUACUUCGACGCCUUGUUUAGAAGCAAUAUGAAGGAGACAAAAGAAGGGAGGGUGGAGCUACAGGGUAUGACAAAAGAGACUUUUUCUGUUGUGUUAAAUUUCAUCCACCAGCGUGUCCAUGGUCUGACGGCUGAUAACAUUGAUGACAUCUGGGAUGCAGCCAAUCGUCUGGAUAUUGCAAUAUAUCUUAAAGAAAUAGAACAGUUUAUUAUUGAUAAUCUAUCAUUUGAUAAUCUAUGGCAUUUUUAUUUUAAAGCUGUCGAUUACAAUUCCAACAACGUCAAAGACGGUUCGGUAAUGUUCAUGAAGAAAAAUUACGAGCGUAUUUUCAAGAUGAAAGAAUUUCUGAUUUUGCCUUUUCCUAUAGUGUUAUCUUGUAUCAAUAGCAUGGAAUUGAAUAUCAGGUCAGAGGACUCAGUUCUGGAGUCCAUUUUAACCUGGGUUUCACACGGAAAAUACAAACAAGGUGCUUGUAUGACGCGUGACCGCAGCGAAAAGAAAGUCUCGUGUAAGGAUGAUGAACUCCAGAACCGCGAGGGUCACUCUCAUGACGUCACUACUUCUGUUGGCCAGAUUUGUGACUCAGGAACUGUAGCUGAGGAUGGCGAAACUGACAAGCUUGGCAUUAACAUCAGAAAACAUGGCCAGCACGAUGACUUCAAGAAUGACGUCACAAAAUGUAGCCGGACAGGCGAUCGAGCAAGUUAUCUCGCCAAACUCAUGUCUAGUGCAAAACUUACUUUAGCCACAGAAAGUUAUUUAAGGAAUUUACUCAAACACUCCUAUAUAAUCGAAUGUCCAGAUGCCUAUCGAGGAAUACAAGAAGCCCUGAAGUACAAGUGCGGGGUAUAUCCUUUAGAGAGCGCCAUACUGACCCCUCUUCGAACGGGCAGCGGAAAGAGAAAUGCCUUAGCGUUUGCUGAAAUGGAUUCAGGUCUGCACCUCUACGAUUUUGAGAGCAGUACUUUUAGUAAACUCAAUCUUGAGAGUUUAAAAGGACGAUACAGAAAAAUAGUGUCUGCUGUUACACUGGGGUCGACAAUUGGCUUCAUAUGCGAAAGGCACUUAAGAAAUUGUCCUUUCGCAAACCACAAAUGCCGCCUUGCAACUGUCCUUUUGUUGAACGAAAACAAAACUGUAACAACAUUAUAUGAAUUGUGCGGUAAACACAACUCAAUCUUUACUUUAUUUCGUGUAUAUAACAAGAUUAUAUGCCUGAAAAGAAACGAUCGCUUUGCUGCAAGCAGAAGUCGCAUAGUAGAACCAGAUUUAUUGAACACAGUAGUAAUAAACUCUGAUAUCCAUUUUAUUCCCUUCUGUGUUUUUGAAAAUGAUAUUUUGAUGUUUAAUCAUGAAGAUUAUUUUAAUGACCUAACUAGGGAUUUACCAGUCCACACAUACAAUAUCGAAACGAAGUCAGUAACAACGACCGAAAUACCAAAUGUUGGUGGCCAAACUUUUAGAGCGUUUGUAAUACAUAAGGACAAAGAAACAUUCCUUUUACUCCCAAACGGAAUUUUGCUUUUGAUCAAGAGAGGUUCAGACAACGCAGUAAAAUUCACAGAGGUAGUUCAUCUUUGGACAUAUCUUCAAUGGUGGCUAAGCGGAGCUGUGUGUUAUAAGAACGAGCUGACUUUGUUUUGUACCGCAAGCCAAGUGCCACAUUGGCCAAUAUUGGCGUCCGUGCCGGGACUGUUCGACAAGAUCAAUGUCGUCGAGCUUGAUGAAGAGAUUUUUACCAAAAAUAUGGUUCCUGUGAUAGCGCCGGUGUCUUGGUUCGGAUAAUCAGCGAUGAGGUUUUGGCAUUGCUUCAGAUGUGCCAUCGUCUGCUGUUACCAUUGUUUUGAAUAACAGUCGUCAGUCAAUGAAAAUCAACGUAUGUCGUUACACACAGUAUGCCAAAAAAAAAAAAGAGUGAGAUUAACUGCAGUUUAGCGCAUCAUAUAACAUCAACUUUUGACCAACUAUAAUAUUCUAUUUCUUCGAUGUACAGGCUAUAGAAGACCCUUCUGUACAAUCAGCUGCCUUGAUCAAAUUCCAUCUCACUGAAAACCAGCUAGUUUAUUAUAACGUUUUAUGUGUAUCCAUCACUAUUUACACAUUAUCUUGUGUCUUUUAUUGUGCUUAUCACAUUUACGCAG